AUGCAGUUCUCGGAAGCCCUUCUCUUCCUGGCUUCUGCACUUCCGGCCGUUGUGCUCGCCGAGGUCCAAGGAUCACUACACGUCCCACCAGCGGUCAUCGAGCACGGCAAGCGCAGUCUCUCGCCAUUGCACCGCAGACACUACACUUUUACACCAAAGCCUUGCACACCCGGAGACGACACUCCGUGUAUCCCAAAGGGCGUGAUACCUCACACGCCCAAGACCUGCAACAUUCCGGUCACGAACGAUGAUCGGUUUAUCUCGACCGACGCAAUUCUCCGAAACGGUUACCCUUUCUGCGACCCUGAUUUCGCGCUCUGCAAUUGCUCUGUACAAGGCCUGUCGCAGGACGUUAUCAUCGAGGUCUGCAGAGAGAUCAUCUCGCGCCAUGAUCCCUCGCUUCACAUCGUCGACGGCUGCCUGAACGGAAACGAUGGUUAUUGCGACUAUGCAGGCGCAUCAUUCGCGGAUUUUUCGGGCACCGAUGUCAAGGACGUCCCCUCCGUCUGGGACUGCGUGAAAGGAAAAUAUGUUGGUGACUACACGCCUGGCUCGCCUCCUUCUUGA